UUUACUAUUGCGAUCUUUGUCACUGAUGACUCGAUCUUCGUUUUGUGGUGCUGUGUGAUGUGGAAGUUCCAACACUCGACGAAUCGAUGAUCAAAACUUUUGCGCUAGCUUCUUCUGCCCAUCGCAUACUUUUCCCCAAAUACUCAUCCACCUUCUCUUCUUCCCAUCACAUCCUCAGAUUCUCACUCUCCGAUCGUCGGACCUUCUCAGCAAUGGCCGGAGCUGGCGGCGACGAGUUCGUUAAAGGAAACGUUUAUCCGAAUGGCGUCGCUGUCAUCACUCUCGAUCGAACCAAAGCUCUUAACGCCAUGAAUCUAGAAAUGGAUUUGAAGUAUAAAAGCUUCCUUGACGAAUGGGAAUCUGAUCCAAGAGUCAAAUGUGUCAUCAUUGAAGGCAGCACACCUCGUGCCUUUUGUGCUGGGAUGGAUAUUAAAGGAGUUGCUGCAGAAAUCCAAAAGGACAAAAACACACCUCUUGUGCAAAAGGUAUUUACAGCAGAAUAUACCCUGAUAUGCGCAAUUGCUGGUUACAAAAAGCCAUAUAUCUCCCUAAUGGAUGGAAUAACGAUGGGAUUUGGCCUUGGCCUUUCUGGACAUGGUCGAUACCGUGUGAUAACAGAGAGGACGGUUCUUGCCAUGCCGGAAAAUGGAAUCGGGUUGUUCCCAGAUGUCGGGUUUUCAUAUAUAGCAGCUCAUAGCCCUGGGGGAGGAUCUGUUGGUGCUUAUCUUGGUUUAACUGGAAAAAGAAUCUCCACGCCGUCGGAUGCAUUGUUCGUUGGUCUUGGGACGCAUUAUGUGCCUUCUGAAAACCUUGCUUCUUUAAAAGAGACCAUUUUGUCAGCCAACCUGUCGGCGGAUCCUAAUCAAGACAUCGAUGCAGCUUUGUCGAAAUACAGUGGCAAUACUGAAUCUGAGGCCCAUCUCAAAUCGCUUUUGCCUCAAAUAGAGUCAGCCUUUAGCUCAAACAAGUCUGUUAAGGAAACAAUUGAAGAGCUCAAAAACUAUCAGCAAAGCACUGAGCCUGCAGUUGUAGAAUGGGCUAAAGAGGCACUCAAAGGUUUGGAGAAAGGAGCACCGUUUUCUCUUUACCUAACACAGAAGUACUUCUCAAAUGUUGCAUGUGCCAAGGGUAAAGCUGAGAACGAAUUAGCAACACUUAAUGGUGUGAUGAAGACUGAAUAUCGCAUUGCACUAAGAUCGGCCUUGCGUGGUGAUUUUGCUGAAGGCGUUAGAGCAGUGUUGAUCGACAAGGAUCAGAAUCCAAAAUGGAACCCGGCAAGCGUUGAAGAGGUAGACGAGAACGAGGUGGAAGCUCUCUUUAAACCAUUAAGUUCAGAAGUGGAAGAGUUAAAGGUCUGAUUCUCAUUUUGCUUUCCGUUCAAAGUGUGUCCACACAAUAAACAAAUCUUUCUUUUAGCCCAUGCGUGUUUGAAGAUACUGUUACUGUAUUUGCUUAAAUAAGUUAAAAGAAUUUGAACAUAGUUGUA